GGGGAGUUCACAAAAGUUGAGGGGAGCGCAGCAAAACUGGGCAAAACGCGUAUGACGUAAGCAAUAGACGCGUCGUUUGCACUGCUUUCCAGACAUCGUUUGCAGCUCAAGGUGAUCUACAGAGAGCGGAUCAAGUGUCUGUACAGCAAGCAUGUCCAUCGUUACAGCUACAGGCAGGCUCUUGGUGCUGGCCCUCUUGCAUGACUUUGUUGCGUGUCCCAGUUACUGACUCGACGCUACGCCUCGGAAAUGUCACCUGUACGCUGACCGUCGACAAGUCCCCUGGCAAGUAUGUGCAGCCAGGGAUUUGGAAUGCCGCUGAAAAGGUAGUAAAAUGCGUCAUUCUGUCGACAACUGAGAGUCCGCUCCUGCCAGCGACACUCAACUUAACAACGGAAACGAACGUACCCGUAGGCCCCGGGGUGCCAGUGUGGUUCGGGAGCCCUACUCGCGUGACCAAGAACUGCAGUUAUUCGUUAAUUCAGCGGCUUUCCGGGCCCGAUGACAUGUCAGAUUUCUCGGUGAUUACACCGAAAAGCGACACCACACCUUUCUGUACAUCAACCGCAAACGCUCGGAAUGCAUAUGCAGACAAAACAGCGUGGCCAGCCAUUCAGCGAUACUAUUCAGCGAGCGACAAUACUCUUUCUGCCAAAACCUCGAAGCGCUUCAUGGACUGCUACAAGCUGUGUGGCCAGUCACGCUCCGUCACGAAAUAUCGGAAAAAGCGAUGUAAAUACUUUGCUCUAAAUUUUCCGAUUCCGUUCAAGACUGCAAAAGAUGCUGGCAACUUGUAUUCGGGAUCUGUGGUUCCCACUCGGUCUGCCUUUACGUGGUCGCUCAACCAAGCCUGUGGGUUCAACACGACGGGCGCGAGGGUACCUGAUUGUCUGAACCGACAAGCGGGCUAUAAACUCUUGUCGACGCAUUUCCUGCAAACUGUGACCAACCCACUGAAUGGAUGUACGCCAUGGGCCUGUCCGGAAACGUCGACGUCUGGGUGGAUCGAAACGUUACGGCCAUCAGAACGGGAACGGCCUUUGCGAAGGCUUUAGAGGUGAUUUUAAGAAUCAUGACUUCAUGUGAUGUAUUUGGCUAACGGCCAUAACUUUUCUCCGCAAAACAACCCAGGGCGUUCUCAUUUACAACAC